UGCAAGCGGUUAUGUUCGGGUGGAAUUCGACGAAGCGGGCGAAGAGGAGUUGCUGCUCGUCCGCGUGUUAUGCCAGCUAGGAAUGAAAGUCUUAGGGAGGAAUGUUGCGCUAGUGUGGUGUCGGAUGAACUAGCUCGCAAUCUGCCUGCCGAAUUAGACGAAAGAUUUUCGGUGGUACGGUUAAUCGGUGAUGGAAAUACCGCCUUUGUUUACGAGGUUAUUGAUCGAUGCUCUCAAGAGCAUAGCGCAUUGAAAGUGAUUGCUCGCGAUUCGGCUGUUGGAAAGGUUGCAUUGAUAGAAAGCGAACUCUCUAUCAUGAAAAGUAUUGGACAUCCCUACAUUGUCCAGAUGUUGAACAGUUGGACGAUCGAUGGCGCCUACUAUCUAUCUCUUGAACUUGUUGAGGGCGGCGACCUUUUCGAACAUUUGUAUGCUGUUCGACGACUCUCUGAACAACAAGCUGCACGGCUAACGAAGUGUUUGGUACAAGCAUUAACGUACCUUCAUGAUAACUCAAUAGUUCAUCGUGAUGUAAAGCCUGAAAAUUUGUUGUUAUAUACCGGUCCACACGGUGAAUUUGAACUGAAGUUGGCCGAUUUUGGUUUGGCCACAGAGUUACCGGAAGAUGGUGGGAAACUGACAGUUAUUUGUGGCACACCAACAUACGUUGCGUCAGAAGUCAUCCUUGAGACGGGUUACGACGAGAAAGUAGAUGUAUGGGCAACAGGAGUGAUUUUAUACGUUAUGUUAUGUGGAUUCCCUCCAUUUCAGAGCUCUGACGGUUCGCAGGAUGACCUUUUUGCACAAAUAAUGCGUGGCCGCGUGACUUUUCCGUCCCCAGCUUGGGAUGAAAUUUCAUUCUCAGCAAAAGCAUUAAUUCUACUACUUGUAAAUGUCAACAAAGAGGAACGAUUUUCCGCUCAGGACGUCCUCGACAACCAGUGGAUUAAGACGCUGUCCGAUGUCUCAUCAGAUUUCGAGGCAAUGGCUGAAUUUAUAGUUGAAUCACGGGUGGAUGCUGAUGUGGACGUGGAAGAGACCGAUAGAGAAUACUAUGUGAGUAGACGAACAAGUAUGGACGAACUGAGUGAAAGUGGUCGAGCGGAAAGUUAUGAGUUCACGUUUUCACGGAAUUACAGCUAA